CAAACAAUUAGUUAGAAAUAAAUCCAUUUUCACUUCCCACACUGUUUCUGUCUUCAAAUAGAAAAAAAAAAUCAAAAGUAGUGAAAAAGCCUUGUAAACUUAGAAAAAAUUACAAAAAGUGAGGAAAAAAGGUGCCGUGAAUUCUGAAAAAAAGUAGAAGGACGUCAUUGUACAACCUCUAGAUAGAAAAAAAUAUUACAAAGUAAUUUUGCCAGCACAACUUCCAAAUCAACAAGGCAGCAAAGCAACAUGAAAACCUCGUCUUUCUCAUUGCGUGUUAUGCGACGUGCACGAAGUGUCAGCACAAGUAGCUUUAGGAGUCUCAGUCAGGCCAGAAAUAAGCCCGCAGAUGGCAGUAGUGGUCACAUAAGAACGCGCGAUAAAACACCCAGCAAUGGACAGAAGGGCAAUCCGCCGGCAAAGGCAACGGCGCAUAGCGCUAAACAAGGACCCGCAUGCAAGUCAUCGAGCGGCGGCAAGAGCGGCAGUAUUGUGUCGACACCGAGCACACCAAAGCCAAUGGCAACCGCCGGGAUGAAUGCCAAAAAUAAAGGAAAGAAGAAAAAGGCUGUUUAUGAUCUUGUGGUUCGAAUUGAUUUGAAGGAAUAUGGCUUGAAUGACGAACAAGUAGCUGAAUUCAAGGAGGCAUUUAUGCUGUUCGACAAGGACGAAGAUGGUACAAUCAGCGUAACAGAACUCGGUGUAGUAAUGAGAAGUCUUGGCCAGCGGCCAACUGAAACGGAACUACGCGAUAUGGUGAACGAGUGGGACGAAAAUGGCAAUGGCACUAUUGAAUUUAAUGAAUUCCUGCAAAUGAUGUCGAAGAAGUUGACAUUCUCCGAUGGCGAGGAUGAGUUGAAGGAGGCUUUUAGAGUUUUCGAUAAAAACAACGAUGGAUUGAUAUCGUCGUCGGAACUGAGACACGUAAUGACAAACUUGGGCGAAAAGAUGACGCAACAAGAGGCCGAUGAUAUGUUGAAGGAAGCUGACAUGGAUGGCGAUGGCAUGGUUAACUAUAACGAAUUUGUGAUGAUAUUAACGUCUCGUAACUAGUGCAAACUUUGUCGACGGAGCAAAAGUGAAUCAAAGAAAAAAUCCGUUGACUCUCAGUCCAAAACUUCAAAAACUUCAGCUUGAAAAGUUCGACUGACUAACUAAUUACUAACACGAAAAACCAUCAAGCCGUCACUCCAAAAUCUAAAAAUAAAACAAGAUAUUCACAAAAUGUAUUAAUGUUACUUACAAAAUAACAAAGACAGACACAAAAGGACAAAAGAAAAACAAAGUAUUCCUUUUCAUGCAAUUUUUGUUGCUGUGUAUGAAAAAGUAACCAAUUAUGAGAAAAAGAAGCAAAAAAUAGUAAAAAAGGAAUAAAGAAAAGGAAAAGUCACCGUAAAACAUCCAUAUAAUAUUAUACUAUUAAUAAUAAAUAACACACGCAAAAACUAUAACUUAACUAAUACUACAAACUAUAUAAUUAUAACCGAUUCCUAAUCAUUUUAUUACUAUUAUUAAUGUAUAAGGACGGUACAAUCAAUGUUAGAUUACACACAAGAAUAGCUAAAAACCACGUUAAAUACACAUUACUACUAAAAAAAAACUACUAGAAACUAUGUACUUACAACUUACUUACCCCCCGUAACUGGGUUUAUAUACAAAAACAUGCAUAAAAAUAUUACAUGGUAAAAAAAAUAUGAUA